CAGCCGGCUGGGCGGCACGUGCCUGGUGAUGGCUGGGCCCGCGGCAGCCUUGUCAUCGACCUCGUUGCCCCGUAUCGUCACGACUGGGGAUGCAGUGCAACCUGACUCGUCUUCCCUGAUCGGCAAAGCUCUACAGGUUGCCCAGUAUGAAGUCUUUGCUGAAUUCGGGAGAUGUUGGACAGCGGCCACGAGGCCACGUUCCUUGAAGGGGAGGAGUUGGCGCAACAGAAGAAAGAUUUCCAAGGCUAUAAAGAUGGCUUGGUGCGACUUAACCCCGGCAGGUGGCUCUUCACUUCAAGGUUCACCAAACUCGCAAACAAGCUGUAUAACUUUCAGUGGAAGAGCAGUGACGUGGUGGUGAUGACCUACCCGAAGUGCGGCACCACCUGGACACAAGAGAUCGUCUGGACCAUGAGAAACAACGCCAACUUUGAUCAUCCCUUUGCAAUGGAACCCCCAAUGGACCGAGCUCCUUUCUUUGAAUGUGACAUGUUUCUUCCGGAAGAAAUUGCUCCCGACAGCCCAUUUUUAAAAGAGUGCCCGUCGUUUGAACGCUGGUGUCCAGGCGCUGAUCCCAAAGAUGGCGUCUACUUACAGAUAUCGGCAGCCACGCCUGAACCUCGAACCAUUAAGACCCACCUGUCCUUUUCUCUGCUUAAUCCCUCGCUGCUUGACACAGCCAAGGUUGUGUAUGUGGCCAGGAAUCCCAAGGACGUGUUCUUCUCCUACCUGCAUCACUCACGUCUCUUAGUCGACCAUGGAUUUGUGGGCACCAUGGAGGACUUCAUGAAAUACUAUAUUAAUGGAGACUUGGUGUACGGCGCAUAUGACAAGCAUGUGAAGGAGGCGUGGGAGCACCGCGACCAUCCCAACCUGCACUUGUUGUUCUAUGAAGACCUCAAGGCGAACACUUUGAAAGAAUUACGCAGACUCAGUGACUUCAUAGGCACCGAGUUAACGGACGAUCAACUCAAAAAGAUCGCUGAAUACACUUCGUUUGACCAAAUGAAGGCCAGGGAUGACGAUAAAUUGAGGGCAUUCUACAACAACGACAUCUGGAAAAAAGACGGUGGAUUCUUCAGGAAAGGACAAAGUGGUGGCUGGAAGAAGAACCUGCCCGAGGAUGUCACUGCAGAGAUGGAUGCUUGGAUCAAGAAAAGUUUCAACUUUGGCAUCACCUUCAAGUAGUCUGCACACAGCAUUGUUUUCCAGGAACUGGAAUAACUUUAUUCAUAAAACUAUAAAUAUAGUAUUUGUAUAACAAAUCACUAAAUUUUGAAACUACUUAGGUUUUCAACAUUCAUAAUGCAUGUUAUCAUGACAUGAAUAUCAGUCAUUAACACUGAACUUAGUGAGUCUGGUAAACAAUAUUAUAAAUUCAAAGUAUCAAUCUUAGUUAUCUUUAUUUCCUAUUAUAUAUAAAUAGUUCUUCUGUAUACAUACAAUGUAUAUGUAUAUUUUUUGGUUUGGUCUUAUGAAUUAGCAAAGUAAUUAUCUUCCAAAAGUACUGGACACACCUUGUCAUAAAUUCAUAUUAAAUGAAA